CUGUCUUAUCUUCAAUUCAACAUUCAGUCGAAACCGAAGCCGAAAAAGAAAGGAAGAAAGAAAAUGCUGCUCCCUCUUUCUCUUGGACAAAGCAGCUUCAUUUCAUCAUCAUCUUCCCACUCCAAUUUCAACCACCUAAAACCCUCCUACUUGUUCCCCAAACCCACUCAUCCCAUUUCAGGAUUGCUUUGUCUAAGCAGGAAAAGAUCAAGUAAUGCUGCUACUAUUCAUGCUUCUUUGAUUGAAGCUCCAGUCUUGUGGGCUGGGAGGCUUUGUGCCUAUUACGUACUCUUGAAGACUGGUUUGGCUGGAUCUCAAUCCAAUCCUCUUGUCUCAGGCUUGGAAAGCGAUGGCAAUCUUGCUGAGUCUGGUGAUCUGGGGUUCUCCAAGUGGUUGGAGAAUGUACAAGGGAAACCAGACAAGGAAGCAGCAGACAAGAGGAAAUUAGUUAGCAAAUGGCAUCCAACAACAAAGGGUACACUGAAAAGAAACUACAGGGUGCCUUCAAAAUCUGAAGGGCGGCGCCUUCUUAGAGCUGUUGCAUCUUUACUAUCAGAUGAUGACCACUUCACUGAUGCCACUUCCCACAAGGGUUGUCAAAUUAGGAGGGAGAGUGCGCAUGGUGAAAGUGUAUGCUGCAAUAAUGUGAGGGCACUGUUUGAUGAACUUCCUACUCCUCACAUUAUUGUCGAAAUUACACCUUUUCCUGCUGGACCUCUCACUGAAAAAGAUUACAUCAAGGCUGAGAAACUAGAGAGGGUUCUGAGAUCUGGUCCUUCAGUUUGAACUACCUUGAAGUUACUCUUUGUAUCAGUAACCUGUACAUAUUAGACUAAUCAAUCAGAACUUCGCUUUUCUGUUGUUAUUCUUGUGUUUUACUGUUUUAACAGAAAUGUAUUUGGAUGCCUAAGCAUUUUCUUUUGGGAUAAUAAUUCCUGAUGUAUCUCCCUUCGUUAUUCUCCAUUAUAUUUGUUUCUCUUCUUGAAGCGAAGAAGUUAUUGUAAAG